AUGGCUAGCGAUCUGACAUACGAACUAGGCGCGCUCUGGGAUAAUGAGCACGGCCUGCAUCUCACUGCUCUUGAAGGUGGAACAGGCAGUGUAACGCGCCUGCAAAAUGGCGGGGCGACCCGGUUUACUUUCAAGAAGCCCUUCAAGCAUAUCCCGCAUGUGCAGCUCACUAUGGAUCGUGGUGAUAAUACAUCGGCACCAUUCAAGAAUUGUUUUAUCUAUCUCUUGAGCAACGGCGGGCCAGCCGUUGACCACGACGGAUUUAGCGUGGGAAUUUUUGCUCCAGUGGGAUUCAACACAAAGUUCCGAUACAUGGCUAUUGGUAUCUCGGAGAGUACGACUACGAACACUCCCAAGCGAAAGACUCCACCCACCAAGACAGCCCCUCCUAAGAAGACUACUACGAAGACCCUGAAAGCCCCGGCAAAUGAUGAAGAUGAAAAUGACGAGGAAGAGGAAGAAGAGUGA